GAUUGUUUUACUUGCCAUGGAGAGCGAACAGCCGUGCGAAAUCGGGGACGCGCAGUUUUAUGUUGGCUUCGUCUGUUUUUCCUGAUAUUGCGGAUAGAUCCUGAAAAAUUAUGUCGCAGGACAUCCGGAAAUUCUUCGGGGGUGGAAAUGGCAAGAAACAGACGGACAUCCGAGCCAUGUUCGGCAAGAAGACGGCAUCGGGCCAGGCGUCGCGGAAGCCCGCCGUCGCUGCGACCGUGAUCUCGGACUUGGAUUCCGACGACGACGCCCCCGCCAAGAAGCGCAGGCGACCCGCCAGAAUCGUGGACUCGGAUGACGAAGAAGAGGGCAAAAAGAAGCUGGCUUCCAAAGGGAAAGACCGUGGUAAUGAGGCCAAGAAAAGAACGAAUGGAGCCAAGCCGGAAUCCGUAACGGCCGACAGCUUUUUUGGAUCAGCGAAGCCGUCAAGGACGCAGACAUAUUCGAAGCUGUCCAAAAAGCCGCUGCCGGAGGCGCACGACGACCCGAGCAUGGCGGCGACGCUGGCGCAGCUGGAUGAGGAGCCGACUGCCAGUCGAACGACGCUGGCCAGCCGGCUGUCGAAGCUGCGCCGGCCGGACGGCGGCGGCAGCCGGCUGUCAGAGAGCGAUGACGAGGACGGGCCGACGCGCAUCAGGGAGCCGGCCGCCGGCCGGGAUGCGCCGGUGGAGGCGAACGCGGCGUCCAAAAAGGAAGCCGCGUCCGACAAAAAGACGCGCCCCAAAAAGACCGCGGCAACCGAGGGGAGCACGGCUCCUGCUGAGGUCACCCCGUCAAAGAAGACCACGGCACCCGAGGGGAGCACACCUCCCGCCGAGGCCACCCCGUCGAAGAAAGUCACGCCGUCCAAGAGAAAGGCCGCGGCCUCUGAGGCCGCCACGCCGCCGGCCAAGCGGCCGAAGCCUUCAGCGGCGCCGCCGGCCACGACGCCCGAUGAACAGCGGCAGAAGAAAGCGGAGAACUACAGGAGGUUCCUGGAGAGGCGUCAAGCCGGCCCGAAAAACCCCGGCGCCAGGGAGGUACCGGAGGGCUCCCCCGGCUGCCUGUCGGGCCUGACGCUGGUGCUGACCGGCCUGCUGGACAGCCUGGGUCGCGAGGAAGCGGCCGACCUCUGUAAGCGACUGGGCGCCCGCGUCACGGGCAGCGUCAGCCGCAACACUUCCUACCUAGUGGUCGGUGACGACCCGGGCCAGAGCAAGACGGAGAAGGCAGCGAAGAUCGGCACCAAAGUUCUGGACGAGGAGGGCCUGUUCGACCUGAUCAAGUCCCGCUCCACCGCCGCCGGGCCGCCCCCGACCGCCGAGCCGAAGCUGGAGCUAGAGCCGGAGCUGAUGCCGAAGCCGAAGCCGGAGCCGCGCGCCGGCGGCGCCAAGAGAGAAGCUUCGGAGGAGGUGCCGCCGCGCCAGACCGUGAAGAGGGAGCCGGCGGCGACGGGAACGCAGGCGGGCGGCGCGCCGGCCGCCGGCGGCGAGACCCAGAUGUGGGUGGACAAGUACCGGCCCACCGCCACCAAGGCUAUCGUCGGUCAGCAGGGCGACAAGUCGGCCAUGAACAAGCUGAAACAGUGGCUGCAGCGGUGGCACAGGUUUCACACCGGCCCCAACAAGGUCAAGGUCAAGACCUAUAACCAGGGCUACAACGACGACGGGUCCAACUACAAGGCGGCACUCCUGUCGGGACCGCCGGGUGUCGGGAAGACGACCACGGCUCACCUGGUGUGCAAGGAGCUGGGCUUCGAGGUGGUGGAGCUGAACGCCUCCGACUCGCGCUCCAAGAAGCUGCUGGACAAGUUCACCGACUGUCUGCAGAUGAGCUCGCUCGGCGCCAUGUUCCAGGCCGACGGCGGCGGUCAGGUGACGGAGCGGCACGUGCUGCUGAUGGACGAGGUGGAUGGGAUGGCGGGCAACGAGGACCGCGGCGGCGUGGCGGCCGUCAUCCAGCUGAUCCGACAGGCGCGGGUGCCGGUCAUCUGCAUGUGCAAUGACCGCCACCAUCCCAAGAUCCGCUCGCUCGCCCAGUACUGCUUCGACCUGCGCAUCAACAAGCCCCGUCUGGAGCAGAUCCGCGGCGCCAUGAUGUCCAUCUGCUUCAAGGAGAAGCUGAAGAUGACGCGCGAGUCGCUGGACGCGCUGAUCAUGGGCACGAACCAGGACAUUCGCCAGGUGCUGCACCUGUUGUCGGUGGCGGCCGCGCAGCAGGCGGCCGGUCCGGCGGCGGCGCGCGCCACCAAGGACACGCGCCGGGGCGCGUUUGACGUGGUUCAGAGCGUGUUCAGCGCCACCGAGCGGCAGAGCAUGACGAUCGACGACAAGAUUCGGCUGUUCUUCCACGACUACAGUUUGGGCCCGCUGUUCGUGCAGGAGAACUACCUGCGCGCCUCGGCCCGCUCAGCCCGCGGGGACGUGGCGCGACAGCUGGAGCUGACCAGCCGGGCGGCCGACGCCAUCUGCGACGGCGACCUCGUCGACAGCUGCGUCCGCUCCGGACAGAGCUGGAGCCUGCUGCCCACAUUCGCCGUGUUCAACACGCUGAUCCCGGGCGAGCUUCUGUCGGGCCACCUGAACGGGCGCAUCGAGUUCCCGCAGUGGCUGGGCAAGAACUCAAGCCGGAACAAGACGCUGCGUCAGGUGGAGGAUGUGCAGGCGCACAUGCGGCUCAGGAUCUCUGGCAGUCGGCAGGACGUGCUGAUGGACUACUGUGGCCCGCUGCGGGACCGCAUCACGGCACCGCUGCUGGGCGGUGCGCAGGACGGCGUGCCGGAGGCGGCGCAGGCCAUGUUCAGCUACGACCUCAUGCGUGAGGACCUGGAUGACCUAAUCGAGCUGUCGCUCUGGUCGGGCCGCCGGGACCCCAUGGCGCGGCUGGACACCAAGACAAAGGCGGCUUUCACGCGCGCGGUACGCAGUGGACACCACAGCUACCCGUACGCCAGCGCGCAGGAGGCGACGAAGCGGCGCCGCGCCGACCCCGAUCCCCUCCUCGGCGGCGACGAGGAGGAAGAGCGCGAGGACGAGCAGGAGGACGAAGACGUCGCCAAGGACAAGAUGGUCAAGGUAAAGACGUCGAAAGCCGCUAGCAAGAGUGAGCCAUCCACUUCCAAGGGCAAAGGAAAGGGAAAAGGCAAGAGCAGGAAGUGAGCAUCGGAAGCCACAUCAGAACUCAUCCAAGGGUCGGAGCCGGUCGCGCGAUGGUGGCGUCGGCGAGACCAACACGUCACCAACGCCGAGCGCCGGCCGGGGCGGCGGGUCCGGGCCGACCUUUCCGGCGCGCCAGGUCGUCGGCCCGGCGGCCCUGGCGACUCUUGGCUGGGCCCCAGCGGCGGUGCCGGAUCGCCGACAGCGACCGGCGCGGUGAGCGAUGAGCGUUGCCGAAGGCGCUUCCACUGCCGACGUCAGGUAUCCUGUGAUGGACGUGGCCGUUGCGGACUCGGAAGUCACCCUUCCGGUGAUGGACGUGGCCGUUGCGGGCUCGGAAGCCCCCCUCCGGCCGCUGUCCGACGUCAGGUGUCCUGUGAUGGACGUGGCCGUUGCGGGCUCGGAAGCCCCCCUCCGGCCGCUUUCCGACGUCAGGUAUCCUGUGAUGGACAUGGCCGUUGCGGGCUCGGAAGUCACCCCUCCGGCCGCUGUCCGACGUCAGGUGUCCUGUGAUGGACGUGGCCGUUGUGGGCUCGGAAGCCACCCCUCCGAUGAUGGACGUGGCCGUUGCGGGCUCGGAAGCCCCCUUCCGGCCGCUGCCCGACGUUGUGCUGUUUGUGCGCUGGUAAGCUCGUCGGACGGUACAUUUGGAGCUAGUUGAACGCGUGUGCGCUUGUUACCCGCCAUUUUCUGUUGUACUGGUAUCAUUAGUGUUUGAGCAGGAACUGUAGCUACCGCAUGUGACAUUGUUAGUGCUGCGGGCCUGACUGAGAAAGGUGCAAAAAUUGAUGACGCUACUGUGCAAAUUACUGCAGCGGUGGCAAAAUGCACAGAGAGCUCACUGUGCGGUGCGUUGUGCAGCUUCGCGGGCGUUUCCACGUCUGUGUUUCGCGUGUACUGCAGGUUUGUUCUGGGUUAUGCCGCCGGUGUCAUUUACGCCAAAAUUCUGCCUUUUACCUGUGAAACAUCUACUUCCAUCGUUUUGCCGGCCAUUUCAUGUUGGGGCUGCCACAUGUGACGCCCUUGUCCUAAUGCAGGCAAGAUGGUUAUAUAAACGCAGGGUGUCCUUUGGGCUUGCUAUGAAAAUGAGAUCCAAAAUAUGUAAAUACCAUUGUAUGUUACAGGUUGCCGGAGGGCAUAGCUGACAAAUAGCGUACAUGUUUGAAAACGGUGGGCUCGGAACGUGUUUUAGCCUUCGCCUUGGCCGCUUUGUUUUGGCUUCACAUCUGUCAUCGUAUUUCUGUGCAUACGUUCAUGGCUUCCCACCCAAGUGGUUCCUGGUAAUAAAUCGUUGAAGCUCA